AGAAAAAGGCUUUUCAAUGUUCAUUUCAUUAUUUUUUACUCGCCUUCUAGCGGCUUGUGUUCCUAAACUGGUCAAACAUUCACUAAAGAUAGCUCAUUAAAGAUGAGGAUACUCAGCAAGGACCCAUCGACCGGAGGGGAAAGAGGAAGAAGAUGAAAGUGUAAGCAUAACAAUUAAGAGUAUCUGUCAUAUGUCUCAAAGCUGGCUGAAAGAGGAAAAUCUUUUCUUCAUGGGGUUUCUCUUUCUUCUCUCCCGAAUAUUACACUCUUUAUACUUUCACUCGUUUUUACUACGUGUUGACCAGAUAAUACCCAAUUCAUUGGAAGCUGUCACUUUUAGCCUUCGGAAGAUUGUCACAAGCAACUAUGGACCAUUUUAUAAUCCAAUUAGCUCUAAGUGAGGCUGCGACUGGUCAAAUCAAAUUGUUUCAACGCCCCAAUUGUUGGUGUCUCUGAACAUACUUCACUAUCACUCUCAUCUUCAACAAUCAGAUAUCGCUAUCCACAUUAACGUCAACCAUUCGAAACAUCAAAAAGUUCAACUUUAAUUUUUCUUAUCAUUUCAUCAUCUCAACAAAUAUGUUUUUACUGGUUGUUUUAAUUGUCGUUUUUACAGUCCUACCCUCUCCAGCCAGUUUUUGGUCAAUCGGAAAUUUUAUGGUCACCGGUGGAAGUGUUAUUGAACCUUACAUUGAUUUAAUUGCAUUAGGAAUACAAGUCGGUCAACAGGAAUGUCAAUAUCAAUUCAAAUGGUCCAGGUGGAAUUGUCCUGAAAGUGCUUAUGGAAAUAUAUUAAAUCCAGCAAAAAGAAAUCGUAUUAAAGCGACGAAAGAGUCAGCCUUCAUGCAUGCAGUUAUGAAUGCUGCUAUCGUUCAUACAAUUGUGACCAAAUGUCAAACUGGUCAACAUAAAAACUGUACCUGUAGCGUUGACAAGAACCCAGACGAUUUUUCUGUUAAAGGAUGUUCGGCAGCAAUUAAAAAUGCCAUUAAAAUCACUCGAGACUUUGUCGAUAAAAAGGAAAGACUAGAUACUUGGGGAUCCAUCAAUAUCCAUAACAAUCAAGUUGGACGACAGAUUGUUCAAAAAACCAUGAAAAAAGUUUGUAAAUGUCACGGUGUCUCUGGAUCGUGUAACAUGAAGUCCUGUUGGUUGAAGAUAAAUGAUUUCCAUUGGAUUGGUAAACGGUUGAAGCUGGCUUAUAAAAUGGCAAAAAAAGUUGGAGAAGAGAAUGAUUUGGAGAAAGUUGCUUCUUUUAAACCCUUCCAGUCAAGUUUAAUUUACCAAGAAGAAUCGCCUGAUUACUGUUACCCAAAUCGUUCUGCUGGUUCAAUUGGGACUCUUGGUAGACAAUGUGCAAAAGGCUCUCGAACCAAUGGAUCUAUGGAAACUGACGAUGAUAAAAGUAAUUGUAAUAAAUUGUGCCGCCAAUGUGGAUAUAAUGUAAAAGAAGUGUUAGAUACGAAUAAUUUCAACUGUAAUUGUAGUUUUGUUUGGUGCUGUAAGGUACAAUGUGCUGUUUGUCCACCCAGAAUAGUCUCUGUAUGUUCCGUCUAAAUCCUCUUAAUAUAAACUUUGUAAUAACUUGAUAAAUUUGAUUUGAAAAACUUUAAAUUAAAGUAUAAUCAGAAUUUUAAUUUAAA